GGGAAAAUAAGAAUGACGAAUGUUGUACUGGCAAGCAUGAAUGUUAUGAGCUCUUAAUUUUGUGUUUGUAAGAAUGAACAGUGUCAGUAAUUGUGCUGCUAUAAUCUGCGUGUUAUUGAUCAUCGUACUGACGGGUGAUUGCGGGCGGUUAACGACGGCAGAUGAUGGCAGUUUUAAAGCUGUCAAUGAUUUACAGGAUCAGAGUAACACUGAACAGCUUUUCAGGCUCAAUGACACCGAAACAUCCAGCAAUGAAACGACUCAAACAUCAACCCUUGCGCCAAAGCACACAACCUCUGCACCUCUUAAAAAUGAGCCAAUCUUGCCGGUGCAGACAGGGGUCAAAGCCCAGGAGGAAGAGCAGUCCAGCGGGAUGACCAUCUUUUUCAGCCUGCUAGUUAUUGGUAUAUGUAUUAUUUUGGUUCACCUGCUGAUCAAAUUUAAGCUGCACUUUUUGCCUGAGAGUGUGGCUGUGGUUUCUCUGGGUAUUUUGAUGGGGGCAUUUAUCAAGAUCAUUGAGUCUCAGCAAUUAGCCAGUUGGAAGGAAGAGGAGAUGUUUCGUCCAAAUAUGUUUUUUCUACUACUUCUACCGCCAAUCAUUUUUGAAUCAGGAUACUCAUUACAUAAGGGUAACUUCUUCCAGAACAUUGGCUCAAUCACCUUAUUUGCCGUCUUUGGAACAGCGAUCUCAGCUUUCAUAGUGGGUGGAGGAAUCUAUUUCCUUGGGCAGGCUGAUGUCAUUUACAAGAUGACAAUGACAGACAGUUUUGCAUUUGGUUCUUUGAUCUCAGCUGUUGAUCCAGUUGCCACUAUCGCUAUUUUUAAUGCCCUUAAUGUGGAUCCUGUGCUCAAUAUGCUGGUGUUUGGAGAGAGCAUCUUAAAUGACGCCGUCUCUAUUGUGUUAACAAAUACUGCUGAAGGGUUUGCUGGCUCUGAUGUCUCAACUGGCUGGGAGACCUUCCUGCAGGCCCUCGGCUAUUUCCUGAAAAUGUUCUUUGGCUCAGCUGCUUUGGGCACACUCACUGGUCUCAUCUCAGCUAUUGCACUGAAAUACUUUGACCUGAGGAAGACUCCCUCACUAGAAUUUGGCAUGAUGAUAAUAUUUGCCUACCUGCCGUACGGUCUUGCUGAAGGCAUCAAACUUUCUGGUAUCAUGGCCAUUCUGUUCUCAGGUAUCGUCAUGUCUCAUUACACACAUCAUAAUUUGUCUCCAGUCACUCAGAUCCUCAUGCAACAAACGCUUCGGACUGUAGCCUUCAUGUGCGAAACUUGUGUGUUUGCAUUCCUGGGUCUGUCCAUCUUCAGUUUUCCACAUAAAUUUGAGCUGUCUUUUGUCAUCUGGUGUAUAGUUCUGGUUCUUGUCGGUCGGGCUGUAAAUAUCUUCCCCCUCUCCUUCCUACUCAACUUCUUCAGAGAUCACAAAAUCACUCCCAAAAUGAUGUUCAUAAUGUGGUUCAGUGGUUUGAGAGGUGCGAUUCCCUACGCCCUGAGCCUUCAUUUGGGUCUGGAGCCCAUUGAGAAACGCCAGCUGAUAGGCACCACCACCAUAGUCAUUGUACUCUUCACCAUUCUGCUGCUAGGGGGCGGGACCAUGCCCCUUAUUCGUAUCAUGGACAUUGAGGAAACCCAGUCACGACGCAAGAACAAGAAGGAUGUUACCCUGAGCAAAACUGAGAAAAUGGGUAACACCAUUGAGUCUGAGCAUUUGUCUGAACUGACAGAGGAAGAGUAUGAGGCUCAGAUUUUUCAUAGGCAAGAUCUUAAAGGCUUUCUGUGGCUUGAUGCCAAAUAUUUGAACCCUUUCUUUACCCGUAGACUCACACAGGAGGACCUGUUGCAUGGGCGAAUACAGAUGAAGACACUCACUAAUAAAUGGUACGAAGAGGUCCGUCAGGGUCCUUCAGGUUCUGAAGAUGAAGAGGAUGAAGCAGAACUGCUCUGAGACACUAAGAAAGAGUUCUCACUGAACUCAUAAGAGCUGUUCUCUUACCUUGUAAUAACUAAUGAGAACGGCAUUGUGAGGCACCACCUUUCUCUUCUAUGAAAGAAAGGAAGUGUUCCAUUUAUGUAGUGGAAAAAUAUGAAAAAAUAUAAGGAUGUAACAGGAUAAAUAUCUGCCGCGGUGUUUGGGUCAUAAUAUUGCUAAAAGGCUAAAAAGUAGUAGUAGGACAACAAAGCAAAAAAUAAACUGCAAUAUUUGAUUUUUUUGCAACAUUGUAAUGUAAGUUUAUUUGUUGAGGAUUGUAAAGGGGUUUGAAAAACAUAAUCUAUUGUUUUUAUUAAGUAUUUGUUUGUUGUGUUGUAUGUAUGUAUGUAUCUAUGUAUGUAUGUGUGAAAAUAUUUUAUAAUGCACUGUGAUACUAGUUUGUACUGAGUUUACAAAUAAUUGUAAUGAAGAUAAUUUGUGAUUUGAAGGAGUGUAUUUCUGCCUAAACACCCAGAUAAAAGAUGUAAAAGAGGCAUUAAAAUAAAUGUGAAAAAAAUUAUCUUCCAUUGUAUUUUCACAUUCUCAAGAAUUCAAAAAUGCACACAAUUUCCAUUUCAUUUUGCUGUAUAAGUUAUACUUGUUUCAAAGGUGGUAAAAUUGGUUGCCUUUCAUUGGAAGAAGGUAAUUUGGAGUAAGUGCUUUAAGAUCAUUACCAACAAAUAUGACAGCAUUAUAAUAUAACAAUUAAACUGUUUACAUUGGCUAUUUUAAUUAGAAACAUUAAAAGCAAAACACACCUGAUUUGCACAUUCAUGGUAUUAAUUUAAAGAAGGCACGCUGCCAUCUUGCACUGACAAAAGUGACUUGAAUGCAGCUAAUAAACAUGACUUUACAGCUUGUAAAUAUGAAAAACCCAGGUGAACUUGAACCCACCAUUAGCAUUAUUUUUGUUCUUUCAAUCGCAUAACUUAAUGCGUUUACAUUCCAUCACCAUUAUUACAAACCCAAGACACACAAAAAACAGCUUUGAUCACGGCACUCAACAUACUGUAUCUCAUCCUACCACUGUUUUAUGAAGUUAAUGCUUACUAUCAGAACUGUCUUACAGUUUUGGCAAUCAAAGGAAAGACUUUGACCCUCAUGUUGUGCUUAACAAAAGUGUGCUGAUUUGAUGUUAGUGGACAAAUUUGGGUACUUUGUGAUUCCAUUUUUAUUUUUACAUUAUUGUCAUGAUCUUUUUUUCUUUUUAAUAUAUGUACUAACUUUCAAGUUAUGCAUUUAUUUAGUAGUUUUUAAUUUUUUACCUUACAUUAUUUACAUAAAUUACUCCAUUAAUUUGAAUGUAAUAUCAUUUUGCUAUUUUUUACCAAAAUUCACAUAAAAACAUGAAUUUCAUACAAGACUUAAUUUCUUGGGCCCUACCCAGAUUGCAAGACCGAAACCUUUGAAUAAAUAUUAAAAACUG